AUGACAGACAAUAAGGAAAUGGAGGUAAUCGAUUUGGAGUCUGACGAUGAGUCAAGUACCGCUACAGAAGACAAGAGUCCCCAGAAAGUCGCAAAAACGCCGACAGUAACAUGCAUAAAUUUCAAGUGUUCAUCAGGAGUCAGCAUGAAAAUAGCUCCUACGUUUGCUUGUUCAUACUACGGGGUCAAUAUGGUGAAAAAAAAGAAAAGAUUUAUUUGCGAAAAAUGUUUAAAAGCUGCCAUCGAGCAUCAGGAACUCCUAGUAGAUGCGAUGUUAAACAAGAAACCAUUAUUGCAGUGUGAAUUUCCUGAUCAUACUAUGGAAGUUGAAAUAUCCGACAGUGAUGAGUCUGACAGUGAAGUUAAAGAUUCUUCUUCUGAUGAAUAUUUACCUGAGGAAUUCAUUAAGAGUAUUGGCGAGAAUAUCGACAAUGCCUUGACUAAUGUCAUAAAAAAUUAUGACAUAGAGUUUCAGAUCAGAGAAUCCCACAGAAUAUUAAAAGCUCAGUAUGAUCAAAUAAAUGAGGAAAAUAGUCAACUAGACAAUGACAUAACGGAUAUGAUAUUAAAAAUGGAUUCCCUGAGAAGUAAUUUAUACAACCAGUUCAGACCAGACGUAAAAGAAAUCAAAGAAAUACAUAUCGAAGACCCUCCAGCAGAUACAAUUCCUCAUCCUCCGGUAGCGACUAAGAAAGUAACCCAAAUAAUUCGUGCCCCAACUGUACAACCCACAUCCACAGCCCAACCAGAUAAUGCUGUUGAAGUAAUGUCGGUUUGUCCUAAAGGAAAAAUAAACAUGGAACUCGGGCUUCCACCUCAAGGUAAUCUAGUAAGACGAGCAGCUGAAGUUGAUAACUUAGUUUUAGUAAUGAAGCACCCAUUGCUGGCCUGGCGACGCGCCAAAGUUCUUUCAAUUGUCUCCCGAACUCCAAUGACAUACCGCAUCAAGUAUGCGUCCAAAAAAUACAGCACACAGUCGAAGCAAGUCUUUGGAAAGCAACUCGCUAUUUUUGAACCGUGUUCUGUGAUGAUUCCUGUAGCUACGAGAGUGGUAGCGCUGUUUAGUGACCACCAGUCCAAUGAAUACUACAGCGGUGUCAUUGCUGAACCUCCAAAAGCUACAAACAAAUGCAGAUAUUUGGUAUUCUUUGACGACGGGUAUGCUCAGUACGUCGCUCACAAAGAUAUCUUCGUAGUCAGCGAAAGUUCUCUUCGUGUUUGGGAAGACAUACCCAUUGAAUCACGAGAAUUCGUCAAGAAAUAUCUGGAGACGUAUCCUGAACGUCCGAUGGUAAAGCUGCAGAAGGAACAAGUGGUGAAGACGGAGUGGAACGGCAAGUGGUGGAUCGCGAGAGUCAUUCAAGUAGAUGCCAGUCUCGUCCAGAUGUACUUUGACGCUGAUGGACGCAAUGAGUGGAUCUACCGCGGUUCUGCGCGUCUUGGACCUCUGUUCUUGGAGUUAUUGAAAGCUAGCGCUCGCCAGCAAGGCCAUCAUGCGCCUAUCAACACUCCCACGCGCCACAGAUUCACUGGUACUCUCAAUAAAAAUAAUGUACCUUAUGUCGAGUAUACUUCCAUACACGGCGACCAAGAAGCCGAGUUAGAGCUACCGAGUCCCCAAGCUCACGCUCAAAAAUUAAGCUCAUUCAUCAAAGACACUUCAAGUGUCUCAGCGCCAGCUCAAUCUCGCGCUGUGGCCAAAAAGAGCACAGCCAAACGAUCAAGCACACCAGCUAUUGUUGAGAUUCCCCAAAACUUUGCUGCUAAUUCUGAAACUAAACCUUCUCACAGUAUUGUUUAUUAUCAGACACAAAAUAAAAUUCAAACUCGAAAAUUUGUCGCUCACAAAUGCGGACCCAAUUGCAUCAGAGGUAUAUCAUUUUCUCCAGCAGAUCUCAAAGGCUAUUCGCCACUGUCUAUUCCUCUUUUAUGCGGAUGGAAUCGUCAGCUGUGCAAAUUUCCCAAAGGAAAGAAAGUCAUUUUGUAUCAAGCACCUUGUGGCGCGAGAUUGCGUAACAUGGAAGAGGUUCACAGAUAUCUUCGUAUUACUGAAAGUACAAUGUCCGUUGAUUUAUUCGAUUUCGACUACUGGGUUCAUUGUCUGGCCGAGUUUGUUUUAGACAAAUGCUUUGUCAAUAUAAAAGAUCUCAGCUACGGAGUUGAAAAUGUUCCCAUUCCUUGUGUCAAUGAAAUAGAUCAUAAAUUACCAGACACUAUCACUUACAGCACUAUAAGAGAGCCUACUGAAGGAGUUACUCUCAAUACAGAUCCAGACUUUUUGUGCUCUUGCGAUUGUGAAGACGACUGUCAGGAUAAAAAUAAAUGCCAGUGCUGGCAAAUGACAAUUCAGGGAGCGACAUUCGGUGGUCGUGUGCCUAAUCCAGCAGUGGGUUAUGUUUACAAGAGAUUGCCCGAGCCUGUGACUACUGGAAUUUAUGAAUGCAAUUCCCGGUGCAAGUGCUCGGUGAAGACGUGCUUGAAUCGCGUCGUUCAGCACCCGCUCAGCUUGAAAUUACAAGUCUUCAAAACAGCCCCGAGAGGCUGGGGUAUCAGAUGUCUCAAUGACAUUCCACUUGGGUCAUUCAUCUGCAUCUAUGCUGGCCGUCUUCUGACGGAACAAGGAGCCAAUGAAGGGGGGAAAAAUUACGGAGAUGAAUAUCUAGCAGAGUUGGACUAUGUUGAAGUCGUGGAGGGCAUCAAAGAGGGCUUUGAGGCUGAAGCUUUUGAGCCUGAAAUAACCACUCCUGCUGACAACGAUGAUGCUAAUCAGGAAAAACAGCUUGAAGAUGAGGCUUCUCGCAAAAAAGGCACUGAUGACUCUGAUGAAGAGUUUAAUCCUAAACAGUUCAAUCAGGAAUUCGCGAGGAUCGACACUGACCCAGCAGAUGCUGGAAAUAUGAAAAGUCGGCUGAGAAAACGGAAAAAGAGCACUGAUGACGGGCCAGACACUUCGGAAGACAAGAGCGAAGACGGUAGCACUGGUAAAGGCUCUAAUACUACUGACAAAGGUGACGAUGGCAGUGAUGAAGAUGAAGGAGAUAAAAGUAGCGGAGGAAUGCGAGAGCCCAGCCGAUUUGAGCCAAGUGUUGAGGCUUCUCAAGUUGAACCGAUGAAAUUUAAAUCCGUGAGAGAUUUCUUCGGCGAGGAUGAAGCUGUUUAUAUCAUGGAUGCUAAAACUACUGGAAAUAUUGGACGUUAUUUAAAUCAUUCCUGUGAUCCAAAUGUCUUUGUCCAAAAUGUGUUUGUGGAUACUCAUGAUGUCCGGUUUCCAUGGGUUGCAUUUUUUGCCCUGAAUUUCAUCAGAGCUGGACAAGAAUUAACUUGGAACUACAGCUACGACGUAGGAAGUAUUCCCGGAAAAGUUAUUAUUUGUAAAUGCGGUGCAUCGAAUUGUCGUGGUCGUUUAUUGUAA